UAGAUCUUGUGUUUUAUUUGAUCAAUGUAGCUUUUGAAUUUAGCUUAGCAAAAUCACCAACCCUUCCUCUCCCACCAUUAAAAAAAAAGAAGAGAAAAUUUAUUUGAUUCCGAACUAGUUAAAUGCUUCUUUUUUGAUGUAAUGGACAUUGCUGCCAAUGCUGGUUGACCAACUUAUUACACUUUGAAAUCACCGGAUAAGCCUAGAUUGAUGCAUCAAUAUAACUGUUGGUUUUCUAGGUUUGUCCUCUCCUGUGGGAAGGAUUCUACCAUAAAGCUUUGGGAGGUUGGCUCAGGCAGAUUAGUCAAACAAUAUCUCGGUGCCAUACACACACAACUGAGAUGUCAGGCUAUUUUCAAUGCAACAGAAGAAUUUAUUCUCUCCAUAGAUGAACUGAACAACGAGGUCAUUAUCUGGGAUGCGAUGACAACAGAAAUAGUAGCGAAAUGGCCUUCUAAUCAUGUUGGUGCACCGCGCUGGCUUGAACACUCCCCUGUAGAGUCUGCUUUUAUUUCAUGUGGAACUGAUAGAUCAAUUAGAUUCUGGAAGGAGGUUUAAUUUAUGAGAAAUGCUAGGGUCACACCCUCUAACAAACUACAAUGAUAAUUAGCCACAUCAUCUCCUCUUUUUAAAUGCUAUAACCUUAGCCGGUUGUACCAAGUUGCUAAAGUUAAAAAAUGAAAAACUGGUGCUCUUUUUGUUUUUCUCCGUCUUUGAAUUAAAACAUGAGGCUCUUGAGUUGA